GUGAAAUGUUUGUUGAUUUUGAAUAUUAGACAUCCACCAUAAUUUUAUAGUGCCUUUCUGGCCAGAAGUAGGAGAGAUUGGGAAGUAUGUUUCCCCUGUUCUUCCCUUUUAUCAAAACCAAAAAAUUCUCUAUUAAUUACUUGGUUUUCAUGGACUCUAAAGAUUCAAGCUUUCUGGGUUUGCUUUGGAAGAUAUAAAAUGUGGAAACCCACUCUGAUUUGCCCUAUUGUCUGGGAAAGAAACUGUGAAGAUAGGGAACUAUGGAGGUUAUAUUAAUCUCAACCAGUACAGUUAAAGCAGAAACUAGCCCACAGCCAAUUAGCAAAAUUGAAUUGACUCCAUGGGAUCUCCAGCUCCUCCCACUACAGACCAUUCAAAAGGGACUACUGUUUCACAAACCCAAACCACCGCAAGAGACAAAUAGCUUAAUCCAGCAUCUUAAAACCUCCCUCUCCCGCACACUCUACUUCUUUCCCCCACUUGCAGGUCACCUUUCCAUCAUCGAACACAAAGACAACAGAAUCUCCUUUUCCAUUGAUUGCAAUAAUACUGGAGUCCUUUUUGUUCAUACUGUAGCUGAUGGUGUGACUAUUGCUGAUAUCCUGGAACCCAUAUAUGUUCCGAGUCUACUAUACUCAUUUUUCACAUUAAAUGGCGUUAGAAAUUAUGAGGGUGUUUCGAAACCUGUAUUUGGAGUACAGGUGACUGAGCUUGUGGAUGGUAUCUUUAUUGGUUGUAGUGCCAACCAUGUUGUUGCUGAUGGCCCAACGUUUUGGAAUUUCUUCAACUCUUGGGCUGAAAUCUCUCGAGGGUUUAAUGUAUUAUCAAAGCCGCCUUCUUUUAAUCGUGAGUUUCUAGAUGGUCUUGAUUGUCCCAUUCGCAUUCCCUUCUCAAUUGCUCACAAGAAGAGUUCCUUGACAUCUCUUGAACCUCUGCAUUUGCAAGACAGAAUAUUUCAUUUCAGUAAAGAAAAAAUUGGUGAACUCAAAUCAAGAGCGAAUGCUGAGAUUGGGACUAGUAGCAUCUCCUCUCUACAAUCACUUCUGGCUCAUAUUUGGCGAUCUUUCACUCGCAGCUGUGAUGGACUUCAUCCUGAUCAAGAGACAUGCAUUUAUUUAGCAAUUGGAGCGAGAUCAAGAGUAAAGUCAAUACCUCAGCAGUAUUUUGGAAAUGCACUUCAGUAUGAGGCUACAACUUCAAAAGUGAGCGACAUACUUGAGCGUGGACUUGGCUAUGCGGCUUUCGAAAUGAACAAGAUGAUUGCAUUGCACACAGAAGAGACGUUAUGGAACUCUUUCGAGUCUUGGAUAAGAAACCCAUGUCCACUGUUGAAGAAAGUCCUCAAAACUGGUACUUUGGCCACAAGCAGUUCACCGCUCUAUGAUAUUUAUGGCAAUGACUUUGGUUGGGGAAGGCCAAUUGCAGUGAGAAGUGGGGUUGCAAACAAGUCCAGGGGGAAAAUAACAGUAUUUCCAGGAGCAGAGGAAGGGAGUGUGGACAUCGAAGCUUCUCUUCCACCCGCAAUAUUGCAGGCUAUGGCAAGUGAUGCAGAGUUCAUGAAUGCUGUCUCCAUCUAAUAUUGGUCAAGUAAUAUGGAUACCUUCUUCAACCAUGGAUAACUUGGUCAGUUAUUAUGCUUGGAAGUCGCUGUUUAUGCAUGUUGUGAUUUAAAUGGUUGUGUUUGUCUGAGCAACUAUACUCUAUCUGACUUGAGUAAUUAAGCUAUGUGGUAAGACAGUAAGUAAUCUUUUCUUCAAAAAAAGUACCAUGAUUCUUAAUCGUUUUGGCA